GCGGUGCUGGGGCUGUAAACACGGGGCGGAGCGGGGCUGGGGCCGCUCCCGCGCACACCCGAGCGCAGCCGCGGCCGUGGCCGCUCCAGCGGCGGCAGCACCGCAGCCCCGAUGGCCAAGCAGCCCCCCGAGGUGAAGGCGCGACGCGACGGCGAGGGCGGGCGGCUGCCGGCGGCGGAGGGGCCGGGCCCGGGCGCGCAGCUGCGUCCCGGCGCUCCCGCCGCCCUGCCUGGGGCCGGCCCGGUGUCCGCGGGCGCCGCGGCGCGGGGCCCGCCCGCCAGCCCCGGCCCCUUCGCCACCCGCUCGCCGCUCUUCAUCUUCGUGCGGAGGUCGCCGCUGCUGCCGCGCUCCUCCAGCGGGUACUUCUCCUUCGACGCCGAGCGCAGCCCCGCACCCCUGGGCUGCGACAAGGCCACGCAGACCCCCAGCCCGCCCUGCCAGGCGCUCAGCCACUGCCUCAGCGCCAUGGCUUCCCGAUGGCAAUCCCACUCUCCGGCUGAAGAGGUGCAGCCGGAAAUCUGGAUUGCGCAAGAGCUGCGGCGCAUUGGGGACGAGUUCAAUGCCUCCUAUUGUCCACGCAGGGUAACUUUCCCCUCUUCACCUUCCAUUUCUCUAAAGGGAAAGGCUGAAUCAUUUCUGGAAGCUCUCUCUGCGGUGAGCACUUCGUUCACUCAGACGAGAAAAGACUGCGCGGGUGGGGGGUGGCCUGGACCAGGCAAAUCAGCAGCUGUGGCCUCAAAGCAAUGAAAAAUAACCUUUAAAUCAAUUAAAAAUAACCUUGAAAUUGGGAAUGGAAGCUUUAGGGCACCAGGUUUGCGCAAGGGUUUAGGGGCAGAGGUGUUGGAUUGGGCCUGGACCUGCUGGUGAUGAGGAAACUUUUAAAAAGGAAGAGGCAGGGAAAGUUUAGGGGUUUUGGGGGAUGCACUGCCUAGCACCAUCGCUUUUAGGGAAACAUUCAGUGGGAUUCCCAGCCCAGCUCUCAAAUCCUGGCUGCUGCAAGGAGACUUGGUCCUAGAACUUACUUCUUUUGCAAAGACUGUGUUGAAAGAGGUUUUUAUAAGCCCAUGAACUUGCUCACCUUGGUGUGUUGCAACCCAAGUCGAUGCAGUAAUGCCACAGAGAAGCCUAAACCCAAGCCCAAGGCAGCCCAGCCCAGGGGGUGAAGCAGGAUGAGCUCACCGGUGUCCCAGAUGCCAAGUGUUCCCAACGGCUGCAUGUCCCUGCUUGUGGAUUCUGCUCCAUCCACUCGGGCUCGGCUGUGGGAAGAGGGGCCAGGAGCAGUGCUGGGGAUGGAAUGCUUGCUGCUGGAUCUUUAUCCAUCCUCUUCAGCUCCCAGAUAGCUCCUGCAGUGCUUCCUCACUGCUCCUAGGGUUGGCUUUCCCACAAAACGGGUCAAGUUGCUAUGAUCCUGAUUUUUCCACAUCAUCUCCACCUGCUUCACUUUUCCCAAAUGCCCUGGCAUUCUUGACCUGCAACAAAAUGGUGAUAAGCUGAUAUCCCAAAUCCAGAAUCCAAAAUGCACAUCUUCACACAUCCCCCAUCCAGGCUGAUCCCUUGUGAUGCAAAGUGUCUGCUUUUUGGGAUGAAAGGACAAUGAAAGGGAGGAAUCAGACUGUCCAGGAAGCUGGAGGCACCUGGUAGCAGCAGGCAGAUCCAGAGGAGCUGGGAGAAAUGCAGAGUGCCAUGGAAUAUCCUGAGCUGCAAGCGACCCAUAAGGAUAAUCCAGAUCCUAACUCCUUGCCCUGCAUAGCCCCAGCAAUCCCACCCUGUGCCUGAGAGCAUUGUCCACAUAUUUCUUGAACUCUGGCAGCCUUGAGGCUGCGACCAUUCCCUGGGGAGCCUGUUCAGUGCUGGACCACCCUCAUCCCAUCUCCCAUCUCCUCCCUGCCUCCCAGAGCAGUGCCUUAAAUUUGGAGUAAUUUGCGAGGAGCAGGAAUGGCCUUCCAGUGUUAUCCUGGCUCCUUUGGUGCUGGAAAUCUCUGGGCACAUGAUGCUGCUCCCUACAACCCUGUGGUGGAUAAAGGGGUGAAUUUAAUGGGAAUGGGGGUGUUUCUCAGGCAGCAGCAGGGUGAGGUGCAGGGAGCAUCCCCCAGGUUUGCACGAGGCUGUUCCCAGUGCUACGGCUGCAAUUCCAACCCAAGGCUGGCCCGGGGUGAGGAGUGGAACGCACAGGACACAUCCUGCCUGCUCAGGUGACACAAGCAGGGGAUGUCAUGCAUGACCCUAAAAACACUUUGUACCUGGUGCAGUCAGCAUGUGACAAAUUCUCACUCCCUGCACCCAAAACUGGGGAGGUUUCAGAGCAUUUAAGCCAGUGUUUACUUAUCAUCCCUGAGGCACUUUGCAGAAAGAUCCCUUUUCCUUCUGGAAGCAUUCUGGCUGUCUGGGCUCUGGAGGGCAGAGUGGAAGGGCUCGUGCCUGCCAGCCCCGCCUGGCUCCGGGGUUUGCCCUUUCAGCCCGAGGUUAGAAAUGGGGAACUGCAGCAGUGCCAGAGCCGCACUCGCCAGGCAGGUCGGGGCUGUUGGAUGGGUCCUGCGGCGUGGUCCUGGCGCGUUCCCUGUCACGCUCCCCAGGGGUGUGGCCUCCCCCCAGGACCAUUUCUCGGACAAGACUUCAGGAAAUCUGGCAAUUCGUCAUCCAGCCACUCCUUGUCCCAGCACGGCUUGUGGGUACCAGGCUUUUCCUGGAAGAGGAAACAUGCCUUGACUGCUGUCAUGAGCCCCAAGCUCUGCUGGCUGCAAAGUGUUAAACACUUCACUUGGUGCCUCUGGGAAUUAAAGUCACUGCUUUGUUGGUUUUUCUCUUUUUUUUUUUUUUUUUUUUUUUUUUUUUUUUUUUCCCCUCCCUCUCUUUCAGGGCUUCUUGGAUCAACAGGUGGGAAAUCCCCAGGUCAUGAUCUUGCGCCUGCUUCGCCUGCUGCAUUCCAUCAUUCGCCUCAUCUGGAGGCUCCACUGAGCACCAGAUGCAUCCCGAGGCACCAGGACUGAAUUCCUCACUGGGAAAGCCUGGGAAGGAUGGACUCAUGGAUGGAUGUGGGGCUCCCACCCUGCCUCUCCCCCAGGACAUGUGGCAGGAUGAGGGUGGACAUCCCAUUCCACGUGGCGUUUUAUGGCAGAGUGGUGUUUACUCAGUGUUUCUCUCCACUCUUUUUAUUCAUUUUUUGCCUUUUUCCCAGAAGCGUCUCAGCGAAAAUGUGGAAUCAUGUGUUGUCAUCGUUGCUGGAAUUCUGUGGCAUGAGCCCUAUGGCAGGAACCAGGGAAACCUGAGCCAACUGAUGGGCAGAGCCCUUGGAGUUUGCCUUGUGGAGGCUCGGAUUCCUCCCCUCUCCCUUUGCCUCUGGGGCAUUUGUCCCCAGAAAGGCUGGAAAAAGGGCAGAGGGAUUUAAUCAGCACUUCUUUUACCUGUAAAUACUUAAUGCUACCCCAAAUCCAACUUCAUUUGCAUAAUGCAAAUCAGCCUAUUUCCUGCUGACUGAUUUUUUUUUUUUCUUUUUUUUGGGUUUUGAUAUCUCUAUUUUUUUGAUCCACUCUGAAUUUCAAGACUUCGCUGUUGAACUCCAGGGUCCAAACCAUCACAACCAACCAACCAAACCCCAAGCCACCAGGUUGCCUUUUUUUAAAGAAAUUCUUUCUAUAAAAUGUAUGAAAACGCUUCUGUAGUGUCUGCUAUCAGAUGUGGGGGACUGAGUAAUCCAGCAAUAAACCGUUCCGAAGGCAGGGAGCAGCUCUCGGAACACCGCAGCCAGAGGCGAUGGCAGCAGGACCUGUUGUGAGUCGUGGCUGUCAAAAGAGGUUUCCAAGAUUGUGUUUUCCUGGGAUCCUCUCCGUGUUUGGAUGGGGAUGAGCACCCAGAUGCAGAUGGAAGGACGCCAGCCAAACAUGGAUUUAUCCAGGACAUUCCAAGGGGAUCUGACUGCUCUGUGUCCUCCCAGAGAAGUUCCCAGGUGCUCCGUGUCCCAGGGCCUUUCCCCUUCCUCCCUGGAGCCAUGGAUUGGCGGGUGUUCCCGUUGUCUCCCAGCAUAUGUUCUUGGGGGAUUGGCUGCUCCGGCUAUCCCAUAUCUAUGCACAAACAUCCCCCUUCCCUCAGGCUGGUGCAGGUGCUCCCCAAAAGCUGCGGGGUUGUUUCUAGUCUCACCAGCACCAUAGGAAGAGAAAAGAAAGAAAACCCCAUCCCAAGCAACCCUUGGAGCGGUUCUUCCCUCUGGGAGAAGCUGCUGAGUGCCAUGGAUGAUGAUUAGUGUUAAUUAACGAUAGACAGAUACCAGUGGGAGCUCUCUGCAUGGCUGUGCCUGGCAGGUCGGAGCAGGGCCUCCCCUCCUGCUCCUGGAGGAUCACAGAAGCAGUUUUAACCUCGGUUGCCAAUUUUAUUCCCUUUUUUCCUUGGAAGUGCAAGGUGAGCAGCAGUUGCAGGAGUAGGGAGUGUUUUGGGAAGGGCAUUUUGGAGCCCUUUGGGGGGAACCUUUGCACUGGUGGAGAGUGAGCAGUUCAAAUAACGAGGGAGCUUGGCCAGGGCAGAUCCUGCUCCUCAUCCCUUGGGAUUUGCCUCUGGCUUUGGCUCACCGUGGCUGUGCUGCCCCAGCCAGCCCUACUGUAGGCUGCCACCAGGGAUUUCCCAUGGAAUUCCACUGGUAAAAUUAAAAUUAAAUGGAUAACACUUGGCAGCGGAGGGAGGGAGACCCAGUGAGAUUUUUUUUUUUUCUCCCAGUUGAGUUCCAUCGUUGCUGGUGGAUGAAAUGGUGCUUUGGGAUCUCCCAACCUUUGGCAUCCCAGAAUGUGUCCCUUGGAGUACACCAAAGAAUCACCAAAGAGCACUUUACCCUGUCCUUCCAUGGAGACAAAAAACAGAUUCGUUUUAAGGAAAAAAAAAAAUUCAAGAUGUUGGCUAAGUCUCCCAGGGCCUUCUCCACAGCAGGAGUUCCCAGCCAAAAAUCAUAGGAAAAGGAACCCUCAAAAAGUAGGAUUCCUGUGGCAUUGUGAGGUUUAGUGAGAAAAAGCCCCCAAAAAAGACUCAAAACAGAAAAAUGAUAUAAAAUAGGGAUUUAUGCUCCUUUCAGCCAUGUUGGCUGCCUGCUCUGGGUCAUGUUUAAGCAUAGCUUGUGCUCUGUGUUGCACCAAAAGGAUGAAGAGUUUUCCUUGGAAACCAGAUUGAUCCUGUGCUUGCUUCUCCUCUUUUGCACCAAAUGUAAAUACUCAAAUAUUUAUUAGAGUAGAGUACCAUAUUAUUUUCAUCAUCUGAGCCAAAUAUCUGUGUGCAAUGUACUCCCUCUCCUUUCUCUCCUGUAAGUUUUGUACAGCUUAGAUAUACUUUAAAAAAAAACCCUAAAAAAUCUUUAAAAAAAAAGUUCCUGUUUUUUUCCUACGCUUUUUUAGAGUGGAAUUGGUAAAUACUGUAGGUCCUUUUUUUCUUUUUGUUUUUUUUUUCCCCUGUGUAAUUAAUGCACUCUACUGCUCUACUGUGUAAUGCUGUAACUUGUAGAAAUGUUGUAUAUUUAUUUCCUGCUUAUUUAAGUUCCUGUGAAGAUUCGGUUUCCUCCCUGCCAGAAGUGUUGGAUCCCCUUCCAAAGCCAUUGUGGUGAGGAUAAGAUUUUAAUCUUAUUUUUCUCCAAGUGCCUAAGUCUCCACUUCCCAGGAGUGAUUUAGGCACAUCAAAGACUUCAGCAUUAGUGAAAUUCAGUGGGAAUUUGGAAUUCAGUUCCUCCACCCCCCAGGAUUGCUCCAGCCAGGUUUUCCUGGAGCAGCAAUCCAUGGGAUUGCGUGAAUCACUAAAUCGUGUCGCAGGACCCAGCUAAUGUAGCAUUUUUGACUGCAAUUUCCCUGCCUUCCUUGUGUUUUGCACUGAUGAAUUUUGGACAGGGUAAUUGCCACUUUACUUGUGCAAUACUGCUGUAAAUAAUUGCAAGAGGCUUGUUUUUUGGGGGUUGUUUUUUGGUUUUGUUUUUAAGAAUCUUUUAUGUUCUUAAUAUGAGUUUUAUAUGAAUAAAAACUUUGAACUAUU